AUGGUUGACGGUAGCCUGAAUAAAUCUCAGAAUGUCGAGAUCUGCGUCACCGAAAGGAGCAGGAGGCCAGAAAAUUGCGGCGUCGAUCUACGACUUCACAUUAAAGUGACAGACGAUCUCGUAGUCGAACACGGUAUGGUGUUGGACGGAUGCUUUACAGCACUCUCGAAACAGAUACCUUACCGAGUCCAUGCCAUUGUUGUGUCUACUAGACUUGGCGAUUACAGUGUGAGGCAGACCUGUAGUCGUAACGUGAAGGAUUACAUGUUUGUCGUCUUUCACUCACGCCUGGAGUGCUACAUCGACACGGUGAUCCUGAACAAAUUGCUAACUGGUGUAUCACUGGCUGCCCUUGACAGUCGGUGGUUUUGGAAUGAAGACAUCUGGUUGCCGCCCGGAACCGGAUGGGCGUCGCUAAAGAACUCGCAUAACUCUGACUACAGGAAGUUCUCUGAUCUCUGGCUACCCAUGUACUACGCGUUCGUGAUUUUGGCUCUACGUGCCGCCUUUGAGUGGUUUAUGCCUAGUGUUGACUGUUGUUUCAUGCUGAGCAAUUAUUCUCCUGAACUUGUUCACUUUUUCUGUGUUAUGCGCGAGGUGCUCGCUGUGUCCCCUUAUUUAAGUCAUGUAAAUUACAUGAUAUUUGAUUUUGUGUUGGCUGUGUGUCCAAUUAAUGCUGACUUUAGGUGUAUAGCUAGGCCGCUUGGACGUUUCUUUGGCAUACGCGAUACGGGAAGCCCACUACCUCAUUUUUUCAGAUGUAUCGUUCACCGCGUUCGCUCAGUGGCCAAUUUCGGCAGUAAUGGAUGCGGCAAAGGCUAUUACAUGCUCUUUGAGGAAAGGAAUGGACGUAUGGAAAAGAUUGAUGAACGCAAAGGUGACGCUGUUGAACCGGCGGCUGGCAACAAUAGUUCGAGGAGGAUCCGAACGAAUUCUGUCUCGAAAAUCAUACACAUCAUUCAUCAGAAGUCAGUGUUGGAUAAGUUUUCUGAAUCCUGGUAA